GACGUACAGCGUCACACCAGGCUGACCAAUCAAACGCAGUCUUGUUAUUUAAGAGUGGAGAAGGUACUGAGAGUCUUUUCAUUCAAUACAGGAACUCCAACACGUCGACAUCUACAAUGUUUGUCUGCUUUUUGAUUCAUUUGUUCUUUGGGGGAAUGGCUCAGCUGACUUAUCAGGAAUCAUCCGUCUCUAUUCAUCAAGAGAGACGUUUCGUCUCAGCUGAAGUUGGACACACUGUGACACUGCAAUGUUUUUAUGAAGGUGAAGACUCAGCAUGGCUUUACUGGUAUAAACAAAGUCUGGGUCAGACACCAAGGCUUAUUUCUACAUUCUUUGUGUAUGAUACAAGAAUAACUUUCCAGGAUGAAUUUAAUGACAAAUCACGUUUCACACUCCACACUAAAAACAAAUUAAAUCACUUGAUAAUUUUGAAUUUGAAAGUUUCAGACUCAGCUACUUACUACUGCGCAUGUAGCUAUAAAUAUGUAUUACAUUUCACGGAGGGCACUAUAGUCAGUGUAAAGGACUCAGGUUGGAAUGUCCCAGCUUUAGUCCAUCAGUCUGCAUCUGAGACCAUCCAGCCAGGAGGCUCUGUGACUCUGAACUGUACAGUCCACACUGGGACCUGUGACGGGGAACACAGUGUUUACUGGUUCAAAAACUCUGAAGAGUCUCACCAGGAAAUCAUUUACACCCACGGAGACAGUAAUGAUCAGUGUGAGAAGAAUACAAAAACAGACAGCUGUGUCUACAACUUGCCGAUGAAGAGCCUGAAUAUUUCUGAUGCUGGGACCUACUACUGCGCUGUUGCUUCAUGUGGACGCAUUCUGUUUGGAAACGGGACCAAGCUGGACUUUGAAGUAUCUGCAGACUCUUUCUUCUGGAGGGGAGCUGUGACAUUGACCUCCAUGCUCUCUGCUUUACUGGCCUUCACAGUCUGCAUGAUGAAGAAGAGGAACAGCAGCCGCUCUCCAGAGUCUGAAAACUGCUUCUCAGCUUCAUCUACCACCACAGCAGAGGGUUACCGAGAAAAAUUUCACCUCUAUUAUCUCGCUGUCAACCUGACCGACAGCUCAAGAGCACAGAGUGAUCCAACCUGGAGUGAAUGUGUGUACCACGGCUUAAGGAGCUAAAAGUACACCUGUUACAUUUGUGCUUUUAAAGUGAGACACUUUUUCUAUCGGUUGGGUCUCCAGGAAAUGUAACAGAUAUUUUUUUUUUCCAAACUGAAGAAGGUAAAACAUCAUCUGAAAUGAUUUAAUUUUCUUUUAUAUACAUAUUCAUUACUUGUGAAUAAGAAAUUCAUUCUUGCAUAUUAUUAGCCAUAUUUUGAAGUUCCAUUAUUUGAUGCUGUAGAAGCUUUUAAGGACUUGUUUUAAACUGUAUUAUUUGUUUGUACUUUUUUAGAUUUUAACUAGACCAAUAUCAUGAAUGUAAACUGUUUGACAUAAAUGAUCCAAUAAACUGCUAAUUAAA